CCUCGGCGAAACGGCAGCAGCGGAACGAGCAGCGAGGAUUUCCCGCAAAUGGAGAGGCUUAUCUCUUCGCCGCUCCACCUCACCCGCGCGCCCUCCAGGCCCCGCUCCGCCGCCGCCCACCUCCUCCCUCCCACCGCCGCGCCACCAAGCUCCUUCCCCCACCGCGCCGGCCUCGGCUUCGGGGCUCGGCUGCCCCAACUCGCGCCGCUCCUCCUCCUCCGCAGGCCGCCUCCCGUGGUCGCCCAGGCUCUCCCCGCGGAGGCCUCCGCCCACUCCCCCGUGCCGCACCAGCACGAGGACGAUGAUUCCGCCGCCGGUGAGGAUGCCCCGGCGGGCGCAGCCCGAGUCCGCCGCUUCUUCCAGAAGGUCGCGGUAUUCACCUUGCUGGCAGCCCUGGUGCUAUCUCUACUCCAGCCAUCGUCCGUGUUCUCCCCGGGGGCGGCGCUGGCAUCGGCCUUGCACGGGCACGGCCACGGCCACUCGGCAGCGGCGGUGGUCACAGCGACCCGGACGAGCAUCUUCAAGUCGGAGCUUCUGGGGAGCGCGUGGACGGGGUUCCUGGCGGGGUGCCUGCACACGCUCUCCGGGCCCGACCACCUGGCGGCGCUGGCGCCGCUCUCCAUCGGGCGGUCGGCGGCGGAGAGCGCGGCGGUGGGCGCGCUCUGGGGCUGCGGCCACGACGCCGGCCAGGUGCUCUUCGGCCUCCUCUUCCUCGGCCUCAAGGACCGCCUCCGCCUCGAGGUGCUCCGCGCCUGGGGCACCCGCGUCGUCGGCCUCACCCUCCUCGUCAUCGGCGCCAUCGGCAUCCGCGAGGCCACCCAGCCCGCCGCGCCCUGCGUCGCGCUCCACGACGCCGCCAUCGGCACGGGCACCCACGACCCCUCGUCCUCCUCUUUGGAGAAGGCGCUGCUGAGCGGGGGAGGGAAGAAGAAGGAGAUCAGCUUCGCGACGUUCGCCACUGGGAUCGUGCACGGGCUGCAGCCGGACGCGCUCAUGAUCAUCCUGCCGGCGCUGGCGCUCCCGUCGCGGCUCGCCGGGGCGGCCUUCCUGGGGAUGUUCCUCGUCGGCACCGUGCUCUCCAUGGCCAGCUACACCGUGCUCAUCGGGACCUGCACGGAGGCGCUCAGGGAGCGGGUGCCGAGGAUCACCGAGAAGCUCACGUGGGCCGCCUCCCUCGUCGCCAUCUCCAUGGGGCUCGCCAUCAUCGCCAGCGAGUCCUUCGGGGUCAGCUUGUUCUGAUCGCCCAUUAAUUCCUCUGCCGCCUUUGCCUCCAGCUGCUCCCCGGGCCCGAAUCUGUUGCCAUGGGAAUUUUGCUGCUGCGUCGAAAUGUCGAAUCCUUCUUCAUGUGAUCAAACACGCCGUGCAGCAACUCGGAUGUAGUUUACCAAUUAAGCGAGAAAACCUCUGUUAGAACUUACUCCACUUGCUUAGUUGCUGGUGAGAUGAUCUGAGUGGUGUGUGCCGGUCAUUAUUUGCCACCAUCCGAAUGCGUGAACUUCCACAUUUGAGCAAUUGGUCGGGAGAAUUACAGUGUCUCCUGGUUUCUGCUUCUGUUCUACUACUCGAAUCUUAGGUGAUUAAUUGAUGCUUUUGUAUCAAGAUGAGGUUUUUCAUAUGCAUGCAGCAGGUUUCUUCCUUGUACCCUGCUAAAGUAAUAAACUGAUACUAAUCAUAGUUGUAUGAUAA